AUGCUGCCCAGACGGCGGCGAGCUAGAGCUGGACUCCCGGCUGCUGCGGCCGAUCGGACCUUGCCCCCCGCUGCGUUGUUCCCCCAAGUUGCCCUCUACCUGGCCGAGCGGCGCAUGGGCCGCAGCCGCCGCGCCUUCCUCACCCGCUUGGCGCGCGCCAAGGGCUUCCGAGUCCUGGACGCCUGCAGCACCGAGGUGACACACGUGGUGAUGGAGAACACCUCAGCCCAGGAAGCUGGUAGCUGGUGGCAGCGCCAUGGGGCUGCCCCGAACCCCGGCUGCCCUGGCCCAAUGCUGCUAGACAUGAGCUGGUUCACGGAGUGCAUGGCCGCGGGGCAGCCCGUCCCUGUAGAAAGCCGCCACUCCCUGGAGGUGGUUGCCCCCGGAAAGGAGCUUGUGAGGCCCGUGUGGCUGUCGCCCUAUGCCUGUCAGCGCCCCACACCUCUCAAACACCACAAUGCCUUCCUCUCGGAUGCUCUCGAACUACUGGCAGAGGCAGCGAACUUCGAAGGUAGUGAGGGCCGAAGUCUUUCCUUCUGCCGUGCAGCAUCGGUGCUCAAGGCCCUGCCCAGCCCAGUCACAGAGUCCAGCCAGCUGCAGGCCCUCCCCCACUUUGGGGAGCACUCCUGCAGGGUCAUCCAGGAGCUGUUGGAACAAGGCAUGUGUGAGGAGGUAGAGAGUGUCCGGCACUCCGAAAGGUACCAGGCCAUGAAGCUCUUCACUGGGGUCUUCGGUGUUGGGGUGAAGGUUGCUGCACAGUGGUUCCAGGAAGGCCUGCGCACCCUGGGGGACCUGGACAAGCAGCCCCACAGAUUGAACCAACAGCAGAAAGUGGGCCUGGAACACUUACAGGACCUCAGCACCCCUGUCUGUUGGCCUGAUGUGGAGGCCCUGCAGCAGCUGGUGGUUGGCGCUGUGAAUCAGGCCCUUCCUGGGGCCUCUGUCACUCUGACAGGUGGCUUCCGCAGGGGCAAGUCACAAGGCCACGACGUGGACUUCCUCAUCACACACCCCCAGGAUGGCCAGGAGGCUGGAUUACUGCCUGCUGUGCUGCAAUUCCUGAAGAAGCAGGACCUGCUCCUAUACCACCAGUACCACCGCAGCCGCUGUAGAGACGCUGCCCAGCUGACCCGGCACAGCCAUUCCAUGGAUGCUUUCGAGAGGAGUUUUUGUGUCUUCCGCCUGCCACAGUCCCUGGAGACUGCUGGGGAGAAGCCUUCACAGUCCCACCCUGCCUGGAAGGCCGUGCGCGUGGACCUGGUGGUGGCCCCUGCCAGCCAGUUCACCUUUGCCCUGCUGGGAUGGACAGGCUCUAAGCACUUCGAACGGGAGCUGCGGCGCUUCAGCUGGAAGGAGCGAGGGCUAAAGCUGAACAGCCAUGGGCUGUGGGACCCGCGGCAGAAGAGCUUCUUCCUUGUCUCAUCAGAGGAGGAUGUCUUCAGACACCUGGGCCUCGAGUACCUGCCCCCGGAGCAGAGAAAUGCCUGA